AAUCUGCUGGGAUCUGUUUCCUCAAGGGACUUCAUUUUCUGAAGGGAGCGUUUUUUUCGUUGCCUUGGUAAUUUGGUGCCUUAAAAGCGAUUACCGAAAAUCCGACACGUUAGCUUGAUAGCUAGCUAAUUAGAUUUAGAAUGGACGUGAAAGAGCGAAAUCUGCUGGGUGGUGCAGAGAACAUCGUUGAAAUGAUGGACUUAGAGGAAGAGAAUUUUGCUGUUUCAAAGUAUGUGUGUCUGAGGAACUCAUCAGAUGCUGAUGCUGCCUUUGAUGCUGUCAUUGGGAGUAUUGAAGACAUCAUCAUGGAGGAUGACUUCCAGCACCUGCAACAGAGCUUCAUGGAGAAACACUACCUGGAGUUUGAUGACUCAGAGGAGAACAAACUCACCUACACACCCAUCUUCAACGAAUAUAUUGAGAUGCUUGAGAAACGCCUCGAGCAGCAGCUGAUGGAGAGGAUUCCCUGUUUCAACAUGAGCACAUUUAACCAUUUACUCAAGCAGCACAAAGAUGAGGUGUCAGGAGACAUCUUCGACAUGUUGCUUACCUUUACAGAUUUUAUGGCCUUCAAGGAAAUGUUAAUUGACUACAGAGCAGAGAGGGAGGGCCGAGGGCUGGACCUCAGUGAUGGCCUAGUCGUGAGGUCUCUCAGCUCUGCAACCUCUAAACCCAUCACCUCCAGAACAACAGAACUGAAAUAACUAAUUAACAAUCAUCCCCAAACCUACAAACAUGCACAUUCAUGUCAAAUAGAGUAGUGCCGCUGGUGACCGAACAUAAGUGUUCAUGUCUUGCCCAUGCUCACCUUUUGUAUUUGAACUGUUGCAGGUUUGCAAUGGGAAUGUUAUCAGUAUAUUUUACGUCUAGCCAUUCUCUGGUCAAGAUGGACACUUUUGUCCUCAUGGAACAAGGUUUUUUUUUUUAAUGAAUUUGUGAACUCAAUUAUUUUUUUAGUUUUGUGUCUGGUUUUUACAUCAGUACACAUAUGUCUGAAGUUGUAAAACGAACAGUAUUUUUAUUACGUCACGCACUCAGUGAAUGUCACCGGUUUGUGCAUAUUUCCCAUUGUCUGUAAAUAAGGGUUUCAAAUAAAGACAUUCUGUAAUA